CCCCCUCCCUCCCUUGCCUUCCCCGCGAGCGGACGCAGCAGCGCCUCUGUCUCGCCUUUUCUUAUUUUCCCCCUUCCCCUUCUUUUUUUUUCUUUUUCUUUUUCCCCUUUCCUCCCUUUCACCAUUUCCCCUCGGAGGCGCUUCCCCCGGGCAGGGGCAGAGCCGGUCUCAUCCCCCGCCUCUCCCCGACCCCCGCCGCCCUAUGGAGAGAGGGAGCCCCCUCCCCACCCGGGCACAAGCGGCGGUUGGAGGAGCCAGACCGGCGGUGGCAGCCUCAGGUCCAGGAUCGUCAUGGAACUAAUUCGCUGACCGACCCACGGCAGCAGCCGUGUGUCCUGCUCGAGUGGCAGUGCCCGCGCCCCCCGGCACGGUUUCCCCUCUUCUCCCUCCUCAGUCCGCUUGGUCUUCGUCUCACGCGCCCCGUCGCCGCGCGCUGAGGAAAAUGAGGUGGUAGCGGGCCCCGGAUGACCCCGCGUCACCACUGUGAGGCCUACAGCUCUGCCAGGGAGGAGGAAGAGGAGAAGGUAGCUACAUCAAGCUGGGAGGCAGGCAGAUCCAAAGGAUAUCAUGAAGUUUCCAGGGCCUUUGGAAAACCAGAGAUUGUCUUUCCUUUUGGAAAAGGCAAUCUCUAGAGAAGCCCAGAUGUGGAAAGUAAAUGUGCCGAAAAUGCCUACAAACCAGAAUGUUUCUGCAUCCCAGAGAGAUGAAGUGAUUCAGUGGCUGGCCAAACUCAAGUACCAAUUCAACCUUUACCCAGAAACAUUUGCUCUGGCUAGCAGUCUUUUGGACAGGUUUUUAGCUACUGUAAAGGCCCACCCAAAAUACUUGAGUUGUAUUGCAAUCAGCUGUUUUUUCCUAGCCGCCAAGACUGUUGAGGAAGACGAGAGAAUUCCAGUACUGAAGGUGUUGGCAAGAGACAGUUUCUGUGGAUGUUCUUCAUCUGAAAUUCUGAGGAUGGAGAGAAUUAUUCUGGAUAAGUUGAAUUGGGACCUUCACACAGCCACACCAUUGGAUUUUCUUCACAUUUUCCAUGCCAUUGCCGUGUCAACUAGGCCUCAGUUACUUUUCAGUUGGCCCAAACUGAGCCCGUCCCAACAUUUGGCAAUCCUAACCAAGCAGCUACUUCACUGUAUGGCCUGCAACCAGUUUCUGCAAUUCAAAGGAUCCAUGCUUGCUCUGGCCAUGGUUAGUUUGGAAAUGGAGAAACUCAUUCCUGAUUGGCUUCCCCUUACAAUUGAACUGCUUCAGAAAGCACAGAUGGAUAGCUCCCAGUUGAUCCACUGUCGGGAGCUUGUGGCACAUCACCUUUCUACUCUGCAGUCUUCCCUGCCUCUAAAUUCCGUUUAUGUCUACCGUCCCCUCAAGCACACCCUGGUGCCCUGUGACAAAGGAGUGUUCAGAUUACAUUCCUCCUCUGCCCCAGGCCCAGAUUUCUCCAAGGACAACAGCAAACCAGAAGUGCCAGUCAGAGGUCCAGCAGCCUUCUGUCACCAUCUCCCAGCUGCCAGCGGGUGCAAGCAUGCCUCUGCUAAACGCAAAGUAGAGGAAAUGGAAGUGGAUGACUUCUAUGAUGGAAUCAAACGGCUCUACAAUGAAGAUAAUGCUUCAGAAAAUGUGGGUUCUGUGUGCGGCACAGAUUUAUCAAGGCAAGAGGGACGUGUUUCCCCUUGUCCACCUUUGCAGCCUGUGUCUGUCAUGUAGUUUCAGGUAUUACCUUUAAGUGCAAACUGAGGUAUACUACUCUGGGAACAGGAACGUGGAAAACCAGGGCAGGCUAUAUAUAUGAAGGUGUGUACCUAAUCAGGCUGAUUUGAAGUGAGCCAGGAAGAAAAAAAAAUUAUUGUGGUUAAUUAAAAUUCAACAUUAUUUAAGCACUUAAAGACCAAAAAAGUAUAAAAUUGAAAAGAUCCAACAAUUUUAAGUAAAAAAAAUGUCUUUAUAGUAUUUGUCAGUUUCACCCUUUAUUCUGCUUAAAUGUAAUGUAGGUUGCCCCCAUGUGGAAAAUUUACAGUAUUUUCUUUUCAAAAUUGCAAAAUUCAUAGCUAGCAAGCCCUAUCCCCAGUGUCAGGACUUAAUUUUCUCCUUGCUUUUGCUUGCUUUUUUAUUGAUGCUUAAUGAAUUUUAUGCAUGUUGAUCUGUAGCCUGACUUCCACUGAGUAGGAAAUCCUCAAAAUUAUUUUUUAGCAAGUUAGCGAACAAAUUAUUUCAGCUUAACAGUCAUGUUUAAUCCAUGAUUCAAAUUCAAAUUUACUUCAAAAUGCCCCAUGUAAAUCAGAAGUGGUAAUAGAAAAAAGACUCAAAUUACCAUGUUGAUGUUUGUGUUUGUCUCAUUUCUAUUUCUGGGAUCUGGAAACAAAAUUUUUUUUAUUAUUAUCUUAAACUGAAGCUUAAAGGUGGCAUGUAAUUAGGACACUGUUAGAUUUGUUGAAAGCAUUUUUGGUAUUUGCAUAAGAAAUUUGUGAUAAAUAUGUCCAGGUGCUCACCAAAGAAAAAUGUAGUAACUAAAAUUUAUAUAUUUUUUUUGGUAACUGAUCAACUUUUUUUCACUUUAUAAUCAGGAGGAGAGACCAUUUAGAUGUUGGGGCAGCUCUAUGAUUUGAGUCUGUAACAUGUAAUAACUAAGUUCAGUACCCUAGUUUUAUGUUGUUAAGCUAUUAGUAUUUUCUCGAUAAAAGUUAUUCUCUCGUCUCCCAAGCCCACCUAUGUUUCUCUUAAUGACUUUUGGAGUCUGAGCUCCCUGUGCAGUCUGAAGAAGGUAUUGCAGUCAGAACCAACCAUGUACUGAUGAUAAAAGCCUCUGGUAGCAAUAAACGUUGUCCUUAA